ACAGCCGCGGACGUGCCGGAGGACCUCGCGCGGCUGGAGCCGGAAGUGCGUGCGCUUGGCCUUUCCGCGUCCCUCGCGGCGAGCGUCUGGUCGCAGCGGCGUGGUCCGCGGCUUCCCGGGCAACAGCUUCUUCGCCGGCCCUGCCGCCGCCGCGCUCGCUCCUGCCUCUGGGCCGUGGGAAGAUGGUGGGCCGGAACAGCGCCAUCGCCGCCGGCGUCUGCGGGGCUCUUUUCAUCGGGUACUGCAUCUACUUCGACCGCAAGAGGCGGAGUGACCCCAACUUCAAGAAUAGGCUUCGAGAACGAAGAAAGAAACAGAAGCUUGCUAAGGAGAGAGCUGGACUUUGCAAGUUACCUGACCUUAAAGAUGCUGAAGCUGUUCAGAAAUUCUUCCUUGAAGAAAUACAGCUUGGGGAAGAGUUGCUAGCCCAAGGCGAAUAUGAGAAAGGUGUAGACCAUCUGACAAACGCAAUUGCUGUGUGUGGACAGCCGCAGCAGUUGCUGCAAGUGUUACAGCAGACUCUCCCACCACCAGUGUUCCAGAUGCUUCUGACCAAGCUCCCAACAAUUAGUCAGAGAAUUGUAAGUGCUCAGAGCUUGGCUGAAGAUGAUGUGGAAUGAGAAAAUGUCAACAUAAUCUCAAUUAAAAAUAUUUUUAAAAUCUUAAGUUGGAAGAUGAGCAGCUCUGGGGGGAAAAGGGCAAAUAGGCUUGUUAUGGACUGUCCUACACUGAAAUCUACCAAAGUUAAUUUUUACUUUGUGUAGAUCCAUUUGUCUGUUUUAUUUAUUUUUCCCAGUGAAAAGUGUAUUUUGAUAGAAAGCUUUUCAUUUUAUAAAUACACUAUGAGUUACCAAAAUAUCAUGGAUUUAUUUUAUUCCUAAAACGUGCAAUUAAAGUGUACAUAUAACAUCACAUUACUUAUGUUAAAAAUACUCAGUGCUUAGUUUUGAAAGAUAAGCAGAAAAAGUAUAGGAGAAAGCUGAAGAAUGCACGUUUUUUUAAGCUAGUACAUUUGCUCUACAUUAAAGAAUUGGAUGGAAUCUUUAUCAAAACUGAGCAUUAAAAUCUUUUGAGAGAUUACUUUUUUCCAUUUAAUCUCUUAAAUAUGAUGUGAGAAGUGCUGCUGUGCUGUAUUAAUUCACCUCCUCCCUGUGUAUUUGUCAUUUUAAUUGGUGGGCUUAAUGUGUUCUGGAUAUUUAUCAUAUUUUAGAUGUAUGUAGUAAAUAGCACCGGGAAUUAAAUCUAUGUACAUCCUUAAUCUAGCCAUGUGAGCCUCACUAAUUACUGUCUACCCUCUUUCCUCACUUAAAAAAUGAGGGAAUUGGUCUGCUAACUCAGAGAAGUGUCCCUUUCAGCUUUUAAUUCAUUUGUUUCUGUUAAGCAUCUUUAAAACCACCUUCUCCUGAGGGAUAUAUUUGUUUGGACAACCGGGCCUUGCAUUUUUUAUACUCUGAAGUUUGCAUGCUUGCCUGCCUUAGUAUUUCUGAACUGAGUCUCCCACCCCCACCCCUUUUUUUAAAGAUCUAACUUGUGUUGGUUUUCACUGAAAUCAUGCGGUUCUGUCAUUACUCUUGUAAAUCUGAAACUUAACCUUUAGGGUAACUGGGAUGAUAAACUUGUAAAAUGUUUGUUCCCUUUGCUUUUAUCUUCAGUGUAUCUCCUCAGUCCUCUUUCAGUCUGAUUCAUUUAUCUUGUUAUGAUGAGAAUAAGGUAUAACCUUGUGGCUGAAGACUUGGAAAGGAUGAAGGUGUUCUCAAAAUAGUGACAUGUUAUCUGCAGUCACAGGUUGAACAUUAGGUCUGAGAAUAAAGAUCCUUGGUACUUACUUGUCAUCUGUUGAACUGAGUAACAAUUCCUCCCUGUACAUACACGUUGCCUUUAUUCUAUCUCAAAAUCGGGAGCGAUCCUGCAGACUUUUCCUAUGUACUUAAGUCUUUUACUUAAUUUGUUUAUAAAUUUUCCUUAACCUUAGCAUUGGGUUUUUGUUGUGAUUGGGGUAUAGAGGAAAGAGUUUGGAGUAUAGUUCUAAGUUUUUGCUUCUGGACAGCUUGCAUAGCCUUUGACAGGUCACAUUACAUCUCUGAACUUACCCCGAGUAUUCUCAUCUAGAAAAUUAGAUCAUUAAACUACAUAACGCAGACAUUUAAGGACUCUUCCUCAUGUACCUUCCAAAAUUGUGCUCCUAUACCCUUACACAGUAUGGUUUAAAAAUUUUUUAAUUUUUAAAAAAUUUUUUGAUGGCACCCUGCCUGCUCUUGUCUGGGGAUAGGGAUGUGAGCAGUGCAAACAUGCUGAUUAGUCAGUUUCACUCAUAGAUCCCAAAUCCAAAGCAGUGUCGUGGUCAUUGGUCACAUAGCUGGGAAAACAGUCUUUUCAUCUUGUACUCCCCUCAGCCAGAGGGGAGUCUUCAGACCAGGGGCAUUCAGUGUAUAGGUCAGAGUGAGAACGUAGGGGGCAAAAAGAGCAAGGGGCAGACCCCGUGGCAAGGCAGGAACGGACCUAGAGAAGCCAAAGAAGCCAAGGACGAGCUGGAGGAGUGAGCAGUCAGUCCACUUAACUUUGGGAGAGGACUUGACGGCGGCUGUAUGCCCUUGAGAAUUGUGGCGUAGUCUAAGCUGGGUAGCACUGGCUUUUCUGAAAGAUAAUCAGCUUUGAUCUAACCCCUGUUGAAUAGGCUAUGCUGUCUGCCCAAAGGAGCUGAUUAUGCGGUCAUUUUCUUAUUUAAAUGACAACUUUUGUGCUUUAAAAUUAGUUGCCACUUCUGAAAGGUGAUAGUUUGGUU